AUGCCCUCUGUGAACAACCGCAAGUUCUACGACGUGCUGGGCGUUGCGCCCGGCGCAUCGGAGGCCGAUCUCAAGAAGGCGUACCGCAAGCUGGCCAUGAAGUGGCACCCUGAUCGCAACAAGAGCCCCGAGGCCAACGAGAAGUUCCAGGCCAUCUCCCGCGCCUACGACGUGCUCUCCGACCCGGAGAAGCGCAAGGUCUACGAUAUGUACGGCGAGGAGGGCCUAAACGGUGGCGCACCAACGGGCGGUCCUCGCACGAGCGCAGGCCCCGGUGGCGCCACCUACACCUUCGACGCAGCCGAUGCCGAUCGCAUCUUCCGCCAGUUCUUCGGCGGCAUGGGCGGCGGCGGCAUGGGCAUGGGCGGCGGCAUGGGCGGCCCGGGCUUCCAGUCGUUCAGCUUCGGCGGCCAGCCCCGCGCAAAGCAGGCGCGCCGCAACCCGUUUGGCAGCAGCGGCAUGUUCUUCGGCGGCGGCAACAGCGGCAUGGACACCUCGGACGACUCUGAGGACGACUUUGCCUCCUUGUUCGGCGGGGCGCGCGGCCCUGGCGGCGGCUGCAGUCGGGGCCAGUGCCCACGCACGGCCCCGCCCCAGCAACCCGAGGUGGUGCAGCGCAAGGUGCCCGUGUCGCUGGAGGACCUCAAGACGGGCUUCACCAAGCGCAUGCGCGUGCAGCGGCGCAUCCAGGACUCGCAGACGGGCGCCAUCACCACCACCUCCAACAUCCUCACGGUGGAGGGCCGCCCUGGUGUGAAGGCCGGUACCAAGUACACGUUUGCGGGCGCCGGUGACGAGCUCAACGCCCGCCCGCGCCAGGAUAUCCAGUUUGUGCUUGAGGAGAAGCCGCACCCGACGUUCAAGCGGGACGGCGACGACGUUGUGACAACUGUGAAGGUGCCGCUUGUCGACGCGCUGUGCGGCUGCACGGUGCAGGUGCCCAAGCUUGGCGGCGGCAGCGUGCCGCUGACACUGGACCGCAUCACCCCGCAGACGGUGAAGAUCGUUGCGGGGGAGGGCAUGCCCAAGCGCCAUGGCGGCGCAGGCAACCUCAAGGUGCGCUUUGACGUGCAGUUCCCCGCACAGCCGCUCACGCCGGACCAGAAGCAAGGCGUCAGGAACUUUCUCCCUCGCGCAUAAGCGCGUGCAGAUUGAGAGUGAUGAAUAUGAGUGCACUGAUGGAUGAGAGUGAGUGAGUGAUGAGUGCGGUGAGUGUUGUGUGGUUCUUUUUCUUAUUCGUUUCUUCCUCUUCUUUCUCGACAUUGCCCGUGUUACUACAUGUUAUGUUACAACAACAUCAAGCCGUU